AUGGUUUAUCUUACCCUGCAGAAAUCUCAGAAGGUUUUUGCUGCAUCCAGACACUUGCACAAAGUGGCUGCUAAAGCCCUGGAGAAGAGCACGCCCGAGGAAACCGUCACUGGCAGCUUUGCGUCCUUCAUCCAUAAUGUCCGCCCUGAUCACCUCUCUGACUUGGUUCGUCAUCGAAGCAAACGGAUGAUCCUUGACAGCAUUGGGGUGGGGCUGGUGGGCAGCAUGACCCAUGUAUUUGAUAUCGCCCUGCGGUAUUGUCAGGAAAUAUACUCCUCCAGCUCCUCCAGCCCGGUUAGCUCUGUCUAUGGAAGGCGAGGGCUGAAGCUGUCUCCUCCUCUGGCAGCCUUUGUCAAUGGUGUGGCAGUUCACUCCAUGGACUUUGAUGACACCUGGCACCCAGCCACUCAUCCUUCGGGGGCCAUCCUGCCUGCCCUCCUUGCUGCCUCCCAGAUGGUACCGGCUGCUUCCAGACCAAAGGGCCUGGACUUCCUGUUGGCAUUUAAUGUGGGCAUCGAGGUGCAGGGGAGGCUGAUGCGCUUCUCCAGUGAAGCUCACAACAUUCCCAAGAGGUUCCACCCUCCCUCCGUGGUCGGCACCAUGGGCAGUGCUGCUGCUACAGCCAAGCUCCUCUCUCUGAAUGCAACCCAGUGUGGCCAUGCCUUAGCAAUCGCAGCCUCUCUGGCAGGGGCACCCAUGGCAAAUGCUGCAACUUUGGCCAAACCACUGCACAUUGGAAAUGCCACCCGCCUUGGCCUAGAGGCAGCACUCCUAGCUGCUCGAGGGAUGGAAGCCAACCUUUUAAUUCUGGACGAUACUCCUGGCUGUGCUGGUUUCAAUGCUUUCUAUGAUGACUACCAGCCCAGCCCACUUACACUGUCCACAAACAGCCACGAGUUUCUUCUGGAGAAGCAGGACAUCGCAUUCAAGAGCUUCCCGGCCCACCUGGGAAUGCACUGGGUGGUGGAGGCUGCCCUCUCAGCCAGGAACCUUCUCAUCGACCAUUCUGGCUCUCUCUCCCCUUCUGCCAUCCACACCAUUAUUCUAAGAGUGCCGUUAUCUAAGUACAUCAACAGGCCCUUCCCUGAAUCUGAACACGAGGCCAGGCACUCUUUCCAGUUCAAUGCCUGCACUGCCCUCCUGGAUGGCAAAAUGAGCAUUUGCUCCUUCAGCCCUGACAGUCUCUGCCGCCAGGAGCUCUCGCAGUUGCUCUCCAAGGUGAUGGUGGAACACCCCAAGGACAACGUGGCCAACUUUGACAAGAUGUAUGCAGAGGUGACACUGAUCCUGCAGAAUGGAGACAUCCUGACAGGCCGGUGUGACAGUUUCUAUGGGCAUUGGAGGAAACCCCUGAGCAGAGAAUCUCUCCUCAGGAAAUUUCAAACCAAUGCUUCUCGAGUCCUUCCAAAAGACAACAUAGAUAACCUAGUGAAAACAGUAGACAACCUGGAGACUCUCCCAGACUGCUCUUUGUUGGCUUCCUGUCUGUAA